AUGAGGACAUCGCAUCUUGCUGACGAUGAUUCUCGCACACCAGCAACUGAGACAUCGCCGUUGCUAGGUACCCGAGCGGUGAAUGACUCGUUAAACGGCCCGUCGACCGCGGGAAUAGGGGCUGGCAAUGGACAGCCGAAGCCAGAUGAGGAGACAGCCGGUGUUAAUGGGAUUGAUGACGCAAGAAUUGCUCAGUUUAAGGGUGUUCCGGAGCUGCAGAAGCGACUCAAGUAUAUUGUCCCGGCAAUCACCAUCGGAGUAAGUACAAAUCCAUUGAACGUUUCCCCAGACCUUCAUCAGGCUAACAAUGAGUCACGCAACUAG